GCCCACGGGCGUUUGCCUUCCCACCUCUGCCUCCUGGGGGUCCCGGGUGGCAGGACGGGGCGUCCCGGGCCCACACACCAGCACACGCCAGCCGUCUGCUCUCCAGCCCCUCGGCCCCGCCUCCUCCUCCUCCGGCCUCACAGCCCUGGACACAGUACACACGGCCCAAAGGCGUGAAACCGAAGGGUCUGCCUCGGUUCCCGGGGCCAUGGCCGGCACCUGCACAGCGGGGCUCAACCCUCAGGAUCCUCACUGCAUCCCCGGGUACACGGGACACUGCCCGCUGCUUCGGUUCAGCAUGGGCCAGACCUAUGGGCAGGUGACUGCUCGGCUACUCCGAGGCCCUCCUGGCCUAGCCUGGCCGCCUGCCCACCGCACACUUCUGCCUCCCAUUCGGCCUCCAGGACCUCCUGGGCUGUCCAGGCGCAGCCUGCCCGCUAGGUGCAGGCACAGAAGGCUGCGCUCCAGCGUGACCCCUGGGUACACAGCAGACCAGGGGAGUCAAGAACUGGCAAAGGAGACAACGGGAGACAAAGACGGAGAGCCGGAGUCGGAGCGGGGCCCCGUGAUAGCAAAGGUCUCCCCCUACUCCAUGGACGACACCGACCCCCAGAAGUUCUUCAUGUCAGGUGAGAGGAGCUCCAGCUUCCCUGUGCUCACCAACCAGGCACUGCGGGAAUUUGGGCAGAAGUGCUCGAAGGGCAGUGCCCAGCAAGGUCCCAGACCUUUGCCCCCACCUCCCAGGACCUACCCGCAGAACCUGGGCCUUCUGCCUCACUAUGGGGGCUACGUGCCAGGUUAUAAGUUCCUGUUCGGCCACACAUUUGGGCACCUCACCCAUGAUGCUUUGGGCCUGAGCACCUCCCAGAAGCAGCUGCUGGCCUAGGUACCUGGUCGUCAAGUUCUCCUUGUCACCCUAUCCCAGCCCUCUCUUGGAAGGGAGAGGUGGGCACGAGGGUGGUUGUGGGGGCAGAAAGAAAACGGUUUGGAGGCUGAGCACCUUUUUUAUUAAUAGGUGUAAUAAAUAAAUAAAUAAAUACAUAAACAGAA